AUGGCUACUCCCCAGGCACACCACCUUUUCCAUGCCCCAAUUGCCGACCACUCAUUCUCCGCUGACCGACGAACCGUUGCAGUCGCCCGUGACAACAAUGUGGAGCUCUACCAGUCGUCAGGCAGCAAGUUCACGCUGAGCGAUGAGCUCAAGGGCCAUGAGAAGACGGUUACGAGUGUUGACAUUGCUCCGGGCAGCGGCCGAAUUGUCACUUGCUCGCAAGACCGCAAUGCUUACGUCUGGGAAAAGACUCCCACGGGCUGGAAGCCGACUCUCGUCCUUCUCCGAAUCAACCGUGCUGCCACGUUUGUCCGGUGGUCUCCCUCGGAACAGAAAUUUGCCGUUGGCUCUGGAGCCCGUGUGAUUGCUGUUUGCUACUUUGAAGAAGAGAAUGAUUGGUGGAUCUCGAAGCAUUUGAAGAAACCCAUUCGGAGUACGAUUACAACCCUCGCAUGGCACCCCAACUCUGUCCUGCUAGCAGCAGGCUCUACCGACUCGCACGCCCGUGUUUUCUCUAGUUUCAUCAAGGGAACCGAUGCCCGCCCUGAGCCUAGUGCCUGGGGAGAGCGUCUCCCCUUCAACACGAUCUGCGGUGAAUUUUUGAACGAUAGUGCGGGCUGGAUUCAGGGUGUCAGCUUCUCUCCCAGUGGCGAUGCUUUGGCUUUCACUGGUCAUGACAGCAGUGUCACAGUCGUGUACCCUAGCGCACCGGAGCAGCCUCCUCGGGCCAUGCUGAACAUUUCUACCCGCCUUUUGCCGCUCAACAGUCUCAUUUGGAAUGGAGAGAAUGAGAUCAUUGCUGCUGGUCAUGACUGUGAACCAUACCGCUUCCAGGGAGACGAGAAUGGGUGGCGGCUUACUGGAUCUUUGGAAAGCAAGGCCGGUGCCGGUGCUGGGGCCGCCCGAGAGGAAUCUGCGCUCAAUAUGUUCCGGCAGAUGGAUCUCAAGGGUCAGACCACCGUCAACACUAAGCUCAAAACUACUCACCAGAACACCAUCAACACCAUCCGGCCCUAUGAAGAAGCCAAUGGACAAGUCAAGUCGUUCAGCACUAGCGGAGUCGACGGCCGAGUUGUAAUCUGGACCCUGUAA